CAAUGUAAGAACGAUAAUGCUACACUUACGGACCGCUGCUACGGACCAAGCGAUACGCGCUGAUGUGGAAACGUCCACGUCAUCCCCACAGCCCACCCCUCUCGAGCAGAAAACAGCAGAAAAAUUACUCACGCACAACAGCCAGACCGUCCGCCUUCUUCUACCUCGAAAGAAAAGAACAGCCUGCCGCCUCCUCGUUUUCCAGACGGGCCGCUCGGAUUCCCUCGCUCCACAUUGAACAGAUGGCCGCUGGGAUUCUAGGUCAGGCGGCGUCGUUGUCGCAGCAGGUCGUAGCCUAAACUGCUGUCGUGGCAGCCGGUCACCGUCGAAGCUUGAGGACUGAAGGAGCUGCUGUCGUCGCAGCUGCUCACCGUCAAAGCUUCGACAACGUGGAUGACGCUGGGGGUGGAGCUCUUGUGUGCCUGGGCGAGCUCGGGGACUAGAGGAGAAAUGGAUGAUGGAACUGGUGGUGUUCAAGAAUCAAGUGACAUGUCGAUUUCAAGCGAUGAUGACACCAAUAAGCAACGGAAUGAAAGCAAUGUGGAACUUGAACAUGACCUUGGUGAAGCUCAACCAGAUGCCUUACUUGGAGACCCUAAAUUGGGGAUGACCUUUGAUACUGAGAAUGAGGUGCGAGAGUACUACAACAACUACGCUAAAGCAAAGGGCUUUGGUGUGACAAGAAGAAGCUCAAACAAUGAUGAUAAUGGACAGCUGAAGUAUCUUACACUUUCGUGCUCUCGGUAUGGUAAGACUCAGUCCAGAUCAAGAAAUAUGUUGAAACCAAAUCCAACAACCGGGUUAGGAUGUAAAGCUAAAAUCAAUAUUAUCCGUGGUCCUGAUGGGAAGUUUCAUCUUUCAACUAUCAUUUUAGAUCAUAAUCAUACAUUAAGUCCACACAAGUCUCGGUUAUUCAGAUGCAACCAAAAGUUAGACUUCCAUGUGAAGCGAAGGCUUGAGCUGAAUGACCGGGCUGGAAUUCGAGUAAACAAGAAUUUCAAUUCUUUUGUUGUGGAAGCAAAUGGUCAUGAGAACCUAACUUUUGGUGAGAAGAAUGCUCGCAAUUUUCUAGAGAAAACAAGAAGGUUGAAACUUGGCAGAGGUGAUGCUGAAGCGGUUCGUGAUUAUUUUGUCAAGAUGCAAUCCGACAACCCAAAUUUUUUCAGUGUCAUGGACCUUGAUGAUGAAUCUCGACUAAGGAAUGUCUUUUGGGCUGAUGCAAGAAGUAGAGCAGUGUAUGACUCUUUUCAUGAUGUCGUUAGUUUUGACACAACAUAUUUGACGAACAAAUAUGAUAUGCCUUUUGCUUGUUUUGUCGGAGUGAAUCAUCAUGGACAAUCAGUUUUGCUUGGAUGUGCUCUAUUAUCAAAUGAAGAUACCGAAACAUUUGUUUGGUUAUUUCAAGCAUGGCUCACAUGUAUGUCAAAUCUCCAUCCAAAAGCUAUUGUAACCGAUCAAGCAAAAGCAAUUCAGAAUGGUGUGGAAAGAGUUUUUCCAGAAUCUCGAUAUAGAUGGUGUUUGUGGCAUAUAAUGAAGAAGAUACCCGAGAAGUUUGGUGGAUAUGAUGAGUAUGAUCACAUUAAGGCUGCUAUUGGCAAGGCAGUUUAUGAUUCAUUAACAAUUACAGAGUUUGAAGUUGCUUGGAUGCAUAUGCUUGAGAAGUAUGAUCUUGGUGAUAACGAAUGGCUUAAAGGGCUUUACCGCCAUAGGCACCGAUGGGUUCCAGUAUUUGUGAAAGAUGCCUUUUGGGCAGGUAUGUCUACUACACAACGUAGUGAGAGUAUGAAUGCCUUCUUCGAUGGGUAUGUUAAUGCAAAAACUACAUUGAAGCAUUUUGUUAGCCAAUAUGAGAAUGCUCUUCGUGAUAAAGUUGAGAAGGAGAAUAUUGCUGAUUUCAACUCUUUCAAUUCAACCAUACCUUGCAUCACACACUUUGAUAUCGAGAAGCAAUUUCAAUCAAUCUAUACAAAUUCGAAGUUCAAAGAAUUUCAAGAAGAGCUAACACACAAGAUGUAUUGUGAUCGGAAGUUAAUAUAAAAAAAAAGGGCAAUGGAAACAUAUGAAAUAACUGAGGAUGUGCUGAUUGACAAAGAAAAAUGGUGGAGAAAAGAUAUUGUGUACCAUGUACAAUUCAGUGAGGAAGAGUUUGAAGUUAAGUGUCCAUGUCGCCACUUUGAGUUCAGGGGGAUUCUCUGUAGGCAUGUGUUAUGUGUGCUCACUCACAAGAAAAUCAAGGAGGUUCCUCCACAAUACAUUCUUGAUUGGUGGAGAAAAAAUGUGAAAAGAAAACAUAACUUCAUCAGAUGCACAUAUGGCGGCAUGGAAGAUACUCCUGUUGCAAAUCGUUUUGAUAGAUUGUGCAACAGUUUCUACCCAGUUGCAGAGAUAGGCGCCAUGUCAGAUGAUUCAUGCAAUUCAUUGAUUGAAGAUCUCUGCACCUUGAAAAUUAAGUACUCUAGCAACUCAAGUUCUGAAAAUAAUAAGGAUCAGGUUAGUGCACCAAAAGAUCAAUUGCAGGAAGAGGCGCCUUCUGAUGGGAAGACAACAAGUAAAACUAUACUAAGUCCAAUAGCUGUUAGAUGUGUUGGACGUCCUCCUUCAUUGAGAAAAAAAUCCAAGGUUGAUAAGCUUAUUCGUCAAGCAAAUGAAAAGAAGAAGAAAGCUGAACUAAGGGAGAAGAAAAAGGCUGCACAAGAAGAGAAGAAGGCUGCACAAAAGGAAGCUGAACAAAAGGUAUUCUCCCUAUAUUAUGUUUUUAUUCUGUGAAAAUAAUAACCCAAACUCGUGCGUGUUUUCUUACUAAGUAUUUAUUUCAAGCUCGCUCCAUGAAUUUGAAAAAGAAAAUGUCCAAUAAAAAAAGGAAAUCAUCACAGGAUGAUAUUGUAGAACAAGAUGACCAAACUUGUAGUAGCAUGGCUGAGGUAUGCUUAUUUCUCACAUUUUUAUUUCUAGUAAACUCUUAAACAUCCAUGUAAUUUUAUCACUUUCUUUGGAGCAGAAAUCAUUUGACUUGGGCAUUACCAAUGGCGACAUAAAUCCACCCCAAGGAUCAACUACAGUAUCACUUGGAGGUUCAUGGACAAUGGUUAUGCCCCAAAUUCUCAGAGAAUAUACAAGUAUGCUGUUUCAAGUUCAGCAAGGAUCGACUGUAGUGCCUAAUUCUGCAGCAUUACACUUCAAUGAAAAUUAAGGGCUCGACGAUAUGAUGGACCAGAGUUUGGACAUGAUUUACGUAGUUUGAAGAUGUUGGAUGCAAUAUUUUGUAUGAACUUGUCAACUUUAAUGUAAUACCUGAUACCUGAUAGGCACCAGGGCACUAGAAAAGUAGACGGAUUUAUGUUUUGUCAUUUUGUUUCGGCCCAAGGGACUUGAAUUUGUCUCUGUUAUAUGGUUCAAGUAUUAGUUGAUUCCACUUUCA